ACGACACUCCAUGGAACCGGCGACCACCUGACUGAAAUUCGAAACGUCCUUGGAAGCAAGGAGGACAUAGCACAACUUUGGCCAGAUGUCGAUCCCAGUGACAUCAAGACACUCACCCUCGAUGCCGGUCAGGCUUUUGUAGUAGGCGCCUACGCACAUCUACCACAAUCAAGCAAGGGCAAGGAUCCAGUGCUUGGUGCUGUAUCAACCUUUGAAGCCCCGUCCACUAUUGCGUCUCCUACAACACCAAUGGCACCACCGCCAGUGCAGGACUCGACACAAUCACCAUCUUCAGCGGCACACCACAACAAGUCGCCUCAUCAUAAUCUUGCCGUAAACCAAAAGGCGGUAAUGCAGCCCACAUUUCGAUACCGGCGAUGGUUCCAGGAAGCGAGUAAGGUGGUUCCUGAGGGCCAAUCACAGUCCAUUGAGCGAAUCGAGUCCCUACUUCCUCCUCUUCGAGGUCCAGAGGCUGGGGUAACCAACUAUGUCGCAAGACUGGAACAAGUUGAGGACCAACUGAUGGAGUUUUACAAUGGGAACAACAAUCGAUUCAAGAAAAACACGUGGGACAUGGAGCGUGCCAAACACAUCGAAUACCAGGCCAUUGCCAACAGUUUACUCAAGAUCGUUGGUGGGAGCAUUGGCGAACGUUGCAAGAGUCCAGUAUUGAUUGGUGUGGGCCUGGGUGAUUUCAGAAGCUCGAAGCGGCUAUCAUCUCUGCAUGGGACGUUUUUGUCUUACUUCAUCCCUCUGGCGCGCUCCCUCGGAUACGUUGUUGUUGGUAUUGAAGAGUACUAUACUUCAAAAAAAUGCCCGAACUGUGAGGAGUUUGUGGCCUAGGUGACCAUACGCCAGCUCUUCUGCCCCCACUGUGGCAAGUAUUAUCACAGAGAUGUUAUGGCGGCGCAAAACAUGUCCAAUAUCGUCCAAGGGCACCUUUUGGAGCAGAAAAGACCUCUUACUUGCAGCCCAAAACAGCAGAUGGAAGGUAUCCCUGGAUCGAACCAUCGACAUCCGAUCAAGGGGCAGUUGAUGGAACCAGCAAGUCCACUGGGAGCACGAGUGCUCGCAAGAAACGAUCGUCUCCCGCAACCCCAACAUCAAGGAAACGCCCUACCAAGAUGGCUAAAGAACUUUAAUUUUUGUGUGUCAGGUCACACACACCCAAAUGCCGAUAAUAGCAACGAUUUUUACGAUUUAGGUGACGUGAUUGUAGAUUUCAUAGUGCUAUAGUCAGCCU